ACUCAGACUGGAAACCUGAGUAAACAUAUGAGAACCCACACAGGAGAGAAGCCGUAUGAGUGCACCGUGUGCCAUCAGAAGUUCACUCAAGAUAACAGCCUCCGUGAUCACCUUAGAACUCACACUGGAGAAAAGCCAUUUAUCUGCACAGUCUGCAACAAGACGUUUUCCAGAUCCAGCCACCUACGUAUCCAUCUGCGACGUCACACCGGAGAGAAACCAUAUGAGUGCUCCGUGUGCCACAAGAAGUACCCUCAAUCUGUUAGCCUGAGGCAACACAUGAGAACUCACACUGGAGAAAAGCCAUUCAAGUGCUCACUUUGCAACAAAACGUUUUCUUUUGCCUCCAAUCUACGUGUCCAUCUGCGUCGUCACGCCGGAGAGAAACCACACGAGUGCACCGUGUGCCACAUGAAGUUCACUCAAGAUAUCAACCUGCGUACACACAUGAGAACCCACACCGGAGAGAAACCAUAUGAGUGCUCCGUGUGCCACAAGAAGUGCCCUCAUUCUGUUAGCCUGAGUCAACACAUGAGAGCUCACACGGGAGAAAAGCCAUUUAUCUGCACAGUCUGCAACAAGACGUUUUCCACAUCCAGCUACCUACGUAUCCAUCUAGCUCACACGGGAGAAAAGCCAUUUAUCUGCACAGUCUGCAACAAGACGUUUUCCACAUCCAGCUACCUACGUAUCCAUCUGCGACGUCACACCGGAGAGAAACCAUAUGAGUGCUCCGUGUGCCACAAGAAGUACCCUCAUUCUGCUACCCUGAGUCAACACAUGAGGACUCACACUGGAGAAAAGCCAUUCAAGUGCUCACUUUGAAACAAAACGUUUUCUUAUGCCACUAAUCUACGUGUCCAUCUGCGACUCCACACCGGAGAGAAACCAUACGAAUGCACCGUGUGCCAUCAGAAGUUCACUCAAGAUGGCAACCUGCGUACACACAUGAGAACUCACACCAGAGAGAACUCGUGAGACUAUUUUGUGUGCCUGAAUAAAUUUUCGACUGUCGUGUGGUGCACUCAUUUUGCAAUAAUGACUGUUAUUAA